GGAUAGUCCAACAUAAUGUUGAAAAAUGUUGAAGCACAGCCAAUCAAAUCGAAGCGCUUCAACAUUUAGAGCCAAUCGAGUCGAAGCGCUUCAACAUUUGCAGCCAAUCACAGAGCGGAAGUUUCAACAUUUUCAACAUUUGACCAAUCAGAGUGAAAGAGAAAGUCUUCGGGUACAAUUCCCCUCCUCACCUGUAGGUGGAGUAAGAGUGAUGCUCGAUGACGUGUUACUGCUCUUCUAUUUUUUUUUUUUUGAGUUGCCGCUCUUCGCCAGUAGGGGGAGUAGGCUAAAAAUGUCAAUAAAGUUGCCGAAAUUGGCCGAAAGUGUACGGUCUUUGACGAGAGGGAUAAGACGACCUAACUGGGAGUGUCAGGGGUCAAAAAAGUUCAGUAGAAGGUUCAUGCCCUACGACGAGCAUCAUUGUCACGGACAUCAACAUCUUUAAACGGAGGACAAAUAUUUGUAUCUUUUAUUACGGACUAUAACCGGUAAGAAUGCAUAACUUAAUAGCAUAAUUAAAUCUGAGAGAUAAUUAGAGUUUAAUUUUUAAUUAGUAUAGUUUUUAACAACUGUUUAGGAGAAGACAAUGUCUGCAAAAAAAUCGCACAAAGGCAUGUCGGACGCUGAAUGGAUUUCACGUCUAAGAAAGUUUGCCAGUACAGGUGUUUGGCCUUCAGAAGAAGGUAAUAGACCAGCUCCUAGACAAAAAAAGUGGCACGAGCUUUAUCAAAGGAUUGAAAAAUGCCCGAUGCACUCUCGUGGCCAGACAACAUUGUUUGGAGGUGUCCUAAAGUGCACAUGUGGUUUUCACACUCAAAAGCCACCUAUGUCUACUGGACAGACACCAAGGGUCAUGCAACAACAGUCUGCUGCUGCUAUUGGAUCACCACAGGAGGAGAGUCAGCAUCAACCCCAGGUCCAGCCUCAACCUCAGGUCCAGCAUCAACCUCAGGUCCAGCAUCAACCUCAGGUCCAGCAUCAACCUCAAGUCCAGCAUCAACCUCAGGUCCAGCAUCAACCUCAGGUCCAGCAUCAACCUCAGGUCCAGCAUCAACCUCAGGUCCAGCCUCAGGUCCAGCAUCAACUUCAGGUCCAGCAUCAACCUCAGGUCCAGCAUCAACCUCAGGUCCAGCCUCAACCUCAGGUCCACCCUCAGCCUCCACCCCAGCGUACUCCAUCAAGGAUUUCGCCAAGUUUGUCACAGUUUACCAAGUCAAGAUUUAGCGGGUCUCAUAUUGCUGCAGCGAAGCCCAACCUAAAGAUGGCUAGAAGACCAUCUCAGGCUACUGACCAACCUAGCUCAACAGCAGUGUCCAGUCCUCCUAUACCAAGCACCACUACACAAGACCCUGGAGUUCCAGUCUCCGUCCCCAGAUCAACUGCCGAUGUUACCAGUCCCACAUCAUCAUGCAGCGUUGUCUCCAGUGCUCCUACCGCGCUGUUACAAGCACCAAGUGUACUACCGCUUCCUCGUUUGUGGUCGGAGACCUUGCCACCAGAGGAUCACAGGUGGAUUGCAAGCCGGCUUUUUAAAAUGGGGUCCAGGGGAAAGCCGGAACUCCGUGACAACCUUCAGCUCUGGUAUCACCCACCACAGCCUGCACUGACAUACAAUCAGGCUCCUGCUCCUGACAGAUUUUUUUGUCAUGCCCUUUUGCUGUGGAUGCCGUAUAAGCUGUGGAAGGUCAAGGUUCUCUGUCCCAAUCCUGCCUGUGGACAGCAUCAACUGACAGGAGGCGGUCUGCAUAAAAGGGCACGGCAAGUUCAUGACAUUGACAGGAUGUACAACAUGGUCACAGAAACCCUCAUCUGUAAGAAGUGUAAAGCUUCUCAUGUGUCCUGGAGUCAGACUGUCCUGCAACAGCUGGAUCUGGGUCAUCGCUCUGAGUUUCGGGUCAUCCUCACGCAGAAGUAUGCCUGUGAUCUGAGAGUCAUUAGACUCUUGCGUGAACGUGGCCUAGGCAACAGCCCCACGCGUGUUAUUAAACAGCUGCGUGAGAACCACAGCGAGGAGUGGCUCCAGCGUCUGGCCCGGUACACCACCCAGUGCAUGGACUUCAUCAACCGCCCUGGGGUGUUGCCAAUGCAGUUCCAGGAACCUCCUGAGCCUACAGUGUUGCCGAGCGUCAAGUGGCUUCUCACUGUGUACAGCCAAGACAUCCUGACAAGGCUGGAUGAAAUCCAUGCCAGGAUAACAUCCACACAUGGCACAGUGUUGAAAAUGGAUUCCACUAAAAAGAUCACCAAGAAGCUGGCUGGUACAGCGAGGGGAACAGGAAAAUGGCUCACUUCUGUUGGCAAUGAGUUUGGUCAGGUGCUCAUGAGUGUGUUGACAGCCCAGGAAGGAGCAGGACUGGACAUGAUGAUAGAUGGUCUGGUGAAAAGAUACCAGCAGGCUGGUGUGGAUCCACCUGCUGUGUUGUAUGUUGACUGUGGGUGCUGCACUGAGGUGGGGGAAACCAAGCUGAAAACCAGGUUCAGAGGAUGGCCAGAUCUCUUAAUAAGGCUGGACAUCUGGCAUUUCAUGCGCAGGAUUGCUGUGGGCUGUACAACUGAUGCCCAUCAGCUUUAUCCUAUAUUCAUGGCACGACUGUCUGCAUGCAUCUUUGAAUGGGAUGCUGCUGAUGUUGCUGUGCUACGCAGAGCCAAGAAAGCGCUGCUGGUGUCCCAGGGUUGGCCUGUGCUGACAGAUGAAGUUGUCAGUAAACAUCUUUCCAAACAGGAGCUGGCUCUGCAUUGUCGGAGGAGGACCCGUGGAGAGGAGACUACCAUUCUUCUCCUUGAGCGGCUGCUAACAGAGCUCAUGACCAGCAAUGGCAGUGACUCUAUGGGUGUUCCUCUUCUGGACAGAGAAAGGAUGGAGCACAUCUGGACUGUCCAGAAGAAGCAUGUCAAAUGCAUCCAGGACCCACCCGGUGUAGCCCUCUAUACUGAGACUGGGACCUUAACCAAGGGAGGUGUGCUUCUGAAGACAUACCGAUGUGCCAGAGGAUCCACAUCUCUAGAGUCCUUUCAUUUACAUUUAAACCGUUUUAUCCCAGGUACCAGUGCCAACAGUCUUAACUUUCAGAUUUAUCUGCUGGAGGGACUAAACCGGUGGAAUCAGGACCGGGAGGCUGCUUCCUUGUUAUCAGGACCAUCAGCUUUGUGCAGCUACACGGGAGAACUUGUUUACUGCGUAAACAGGAAUUAUGAAAAGCUGUUUGGCAAGAAAGUGGUCCCCACAUUUCAUCCACCUGCAUGUUACACUGGUGAACUUAUUGGAGUGCAGUAUUUAUUCCAGCAGACUGGUCGGGCACUGCAGGACAUGAACCCAGACUCUGAGCAGACGGCAGAGCUUAUAGAGGAACUUGAUGUGGAGGAGAGGGAGGAAGAUGAAGGGUUCUUUGACAUCAAUGAGGAUCACACAAUAAGAGAUCCAGAGGCUGUUCUGUCACCGCCCUCCACCAUGACAACGAGUCCCUCUACCUUGGUUGCAAGCAGUGCCACAUCUAUCCAGGCCUCCAUAUGUACUUCACCGGUUCUUCUGACACGUGACCCCUCACAGUCUCCAACUGCUCUCUCACCUGUUCACGUGGAGCCUGGAGAUACAGGUCAGGAUGAUGAUGAUGAAACGGCUGUUGACUCCCAGAACGUGCCAGGAUUCCAGCAUGUGGACAGGCUGUCAGAAUAUCUGGUCGAGCUUCGGAAACGCACAGCCCUCAGCCUGACUAACCAGGAAGCGGAAACAAUAAUUGGACUUUGGCAAAACCUGGAUGCCUUUGACAAGCGGCGGGUGGUGUAUCGACCUCGAUUUAAGAAGAGACUGCUGACUGGACGCUUCAGAACACCAAAGACGCCCACUCGCACCCCUGGAGUAGAGAGCACCACCAGAUGCGUGCUGGGUGCAAGCAGCGCACCUGCUCAGUGGCCUGACUGUUGCCGUCUGGUGGAAACCAUUUUCAUCAGGCUAUGCGUAAUCCACCUUGCCCCCAAAAGAAAAGGCGGGAAAACUUAUUCAAGAUGGUCUUUGAUCCUAGAAGACUAUCGCAAGAUAAGGCAGCUUGUGUUUGGCAAUGGCUUGGUGAUGAACGAAACUUCAUUGCAGCUGGUGGAGGUUAACCAGAACACCCUGAUUGACUGGUACAACGAAAGAAAGAUAGACCAGCAAGUGACACUGAUAGUUCGAGGCCUUGAUUUGCCUCAUCCCAUCCCUGAAGCUCAGGAGCCUCUUCAGGAUGCCAAACGGCUACGAACUGAGCUGCAGCAACCAAUGCAGCUGCACCAGUACAAGCUACCAGAUAGCACAGCAGGACAGGCAAAGCAAAGAGUAAUAUCUAUUAGGCAGCCCCCUCUCAGACCCAAAACACCAGCAGCACCUGGAGCAUCACUGCAAAUGGUGUCAACAGGUUUCCAAAGUGUGCCGUUGCUCCAGUUUGUGCCAAUGGUGCAGGGAAUGCCAAUGGUGCAGGGCAUGCCAGUAGUUCAUGGUGUGCAAAUGGUGCAGGGCAUGCCACUUAUGCAGCCAGUUUUACAGCCAGCAGUUGUCCAAGGCACCACCUCACAGCCAGCUCCACCAGGUGCUAGUCAAGGAGCUAUGCCCAAGAGACCCUACAAGCGAACAGUAGAGGCGAACACUUGCAAGAAGUGUGGCCAAUUUAAGACUGCUGAAACUGGGCAUAGCCAAUACAGGGGCAAGGUGUACUGUCCCCAGACUGAGACUGUGUCCAAAGAAGUGUGGUUGGAGAACAUGCGUAGAAUCUCCAACUAAUGUAUGCAGUUUUAUGUUGGUAAAGUUGACCGUUCUUAAUAUUUGAUUGUUACUGUACUUUUAGUUGUUUUAAAAGUGUUUUUAAUAUUGUAUUUAACUUUUUGUUUGUGUUCUCUUUACUUAUUUACAAUUUAAUAUUCAUUACUGUUCUUUUAACAUUUGUAAACGCACUUAAAACUUUGUCAAGUGAUGACUUUGACUUGGUUGGCAUGCGAUACUUGGCACACAAUAUAACACUUGCUUGUACAAAGGAUUAUUGGUGUAUCUUAUUGUUCUCACAACAUAACAAUUA